AUGGACCAAACUAUGCUGGAAUUACAUGAGGAAUUUUGUGAGGAACGGUUCGCAUGGUGGAGUUCCCGGAGAGAAUCUUCCAUUUGGCAUGCACAACCGUGCGCGCUUGACGUUCAACCUCUUUUGGUACGUGGGUUCGGGUUUGGCAGCGCCAUAUAUACUUCUUGUGUUCCAAAUGAAGAAGAAAUAAGUUUGGUACCGAUCACCCGUACCAUCUAA